ACUUUACAGUCAGCAGCCACACCUCCUUAUCCAGCAGGCCCCGAGGAGCGAGAGGCCAGUGUUUAAGGAUGGACGAAGAGGUGGGAUGUACCACAGAGUCUCCUGUAUUGUCUGACAGCAGCUCCAGUACCACUGGCCGCCGUAUCUGCAGCGCUUGUUGGUUAACUGUUGUUCAGUUCUUCCUUCUACUCUGGAAGAACUUUAUAUUACAAAUAAGGCGACCAGUUGGUACCAUAUUUGAAAUCCUGGUACCAAUAUGUGCUGUAGCAGUUAUUGUCGGGUUUAGGUUGGGGCUUUUCACAGCCGAGGACAGGUGUUUUGUAACAUUUGAAUCUGAUCCACUAGUCAUCCCUAACCUCAACAACAUACAGUUUCCUUAUAACGUCUAUUAUGCUCCAGCUGCUGGCAAUAACUCAAUAGUACAAAGUAUAACUGCCAUAAUGGCUCCCAAGAUAGCACUGUCUGGAGGUAACUUGAUUGGAGUGGAUACGGAAGAAGACUUCAUAGCUGCCAUUAGAAAUGAUAAUUUAACCGAGAGAUUCAGGGGAUGCUUUCUGGAGGGGGCAGCGAUAUACUUCCAUGACCCUAUUAACAGUACUGAUAUUGAGUACUCCAUACGACUGAGACAGAACCCAGCCCCUUCUGAUACCUGGUUCACUGACUUUGUCUCAAGAAGGUUCCAACCGCGAGGCGCUAGGAUCAGACCAAAUUUCUAUUUGAACGAGGGCUUUCUUCAUUUACAAAAGAUUGUAGAUGAAGCUAUUGUCGAACACACAACUGGGUUACCAGUCGACGUUAAUGUGCAAGUCAGGCAAUUCCCCUACCCUCCUUACCGGAGAGAUAUCUUCCUGACUAUUGUUGAUUUCAUUUUACCUUUGUUUGUCAUUCUCUCAUUCAUUUAUUCAGCUGGAGUAUUUGUUAAGGAGCUGGUACUGGAGAAGGAGACUCGUAUAAGGGAGACUAUGAAGAUAAUGGGUUUAUCAAACUGGGUCCUCUGGACCUCAUGGUUUACGAAACAGUUCCUGUUCUAUCUCAUACCAACAAUCAUCAUGACUCUCAUGCUAAGGUUUGCUACCGUGUUCCCCAAGAGCAAUCCUUUCCUAGUCUUUGUGUAUCUGUCAAUGUACAUGCUCUCGGGGAUAUCCUUCUGCUUCUUCAUUAGUGUUUGGUUCUCUACAGCAAGGAUUGGUCUCAUGGCUGGCUUCAUCUGUUGGUUCGUGGCUUACUUUCCUUAUUUGUUCAUUGCACCAAACUACGAGUCUAUUUCACUUGGUCCUAAGCUAGGUGUUUGUAUAAUACCUAAUUCCUGUGUUGGAUUUGGAGUGACUGUCCUCUCCAUACUGGAGCUGAGACAAGAAGGACUCACUUUCUCUAACUUUGCCACUCCAUUGUCCCUCGAUGACCCCAUCCACAUGGGAUGGAUUGUUCUUAUGCUGGCCAUUGACACUUUUGUGUACAUGCUGCUCUACUGGUAUAUUGAUGCUGUCAAACCAGGAGAGUAUGGUGUCCCUAAACCAUUCUAUUUCCCUUUUCUUCCUUCAUAUUGGUGUGGAGUGAAAAGAUCCAGAAAUAUUAAAUCUGAGGAGCUGUUGGGUGGAUCUGAUGAAGGUUUCAAUCCUGAGGCUCACGAACCAGACCCUGUCAAUAUACCAGCUGGAAUAGAAAUUGAGAAAUUAACAAAAAUAUACAACCAGAGGACACUCAGAAAGAGGAAAGUUGCUGUAGACCGUCUUUCCCUUAAAAUGUAUAAAGGACAGAUCACUGCUCUCCUCGGCCACAAUGGAGCAGGGAAGACCACCACAAUGUCCAUACUAACAGGACUCUUCCCUCCUACCUCUGGAGGCGCCUACAUCAAUGGGCUAAGUGUUGUGAGUGACAUUGACAUCAUCAGACGUAACCUCGGGAUAUGCCCUCAACACAACGUCCUCUUUGAUAGACUCACUGUCUCAGAGCACCUUCACUUCUUUGCUAGACUUAAGGGAGCUCCCAGUACUGGAAUAAGCUCAGAAGUGGAUACUUUGAUUGAUGAUUUGUUACUGAAGGACAAGAGGCGUGUCAAGUCAAUGAACCUCUCUGGAGGAAUGAAGAGGAAGCUGAGUGUAGCUAUUGCUCUGGUGGGUGGAUCUGAAGUGGUUAUAUUGGAUGAACCAACGAGUGGAAUGGAUCCUUACGCGAGGAGAGCUACCUGGGACCUACUGACCAAACACAAAGAAGGAAGAACCAUUCUACUGACUACACACUUUAUGGAUGAAGCAGACCUGUUAGGUGACAGGAUAGCGAUAAUGUCUGAGGGAAAGCUCAGGUGCAGUGGCAGUUCUUUGUUCCUUAAGAGCAGAUACGGAGUGGGCUACCACAUGACAAUGGUGAAAGGCAGUUCGUGUGAUUCAGGUAGAGUGACCUCACUGGUAAAGGAGACAGUCUCUGGGGCAGAACAGGUCACUGAUGUGGGGGCGGAACUCUCCUUCCUGCUACCAGCACAAUCCACCCAACAAUUCCCUGACCUUUUUGAUAUACUGGACAGUCGUAAAGAGGAACUUGGUAUCAACAGUUUUGGUGUUUCCGUGACAACAAUGGAGGAAGUGUUUAUUAGAGUGUCCUCAGGAACUGACGAAAUAUUAUUAGACAACAAGAGGUCAAUGUCCCCAGUUCAGUCAAAACCGUUUGUUCGUCCAAAGGAAAAUAAUGAAACCGCAUUUAUAACGGAUAUAGAGGAUACUGACAAUGUUAAUGAGACCCAAACCGCUCAAGUUGUGUUUGCUAAUGAUGAAGCUGAUGAAAUAACACCAGCACCAACUCCAGCCCCACCCACAACCGGUCGGCCAUCAAUACUCCAAUUAGCUGAUGAUACUGAGACUGCAAUACAUGGAGCUUAUGGUACUUUCAAGUCGUCAUAUGUGUCCCUCAACACUGGUUUCAAAUUGUGGUGUCAGCAGUUUUGGGCGAUAUUUCUCAAACGAUUUUACAACUCUCUUCGUUUCUGGGUAGCCAUAAUCUGGCAGCUGAUAAUUCCCCUCCUGUUUGUCCUCUGGGGCCUCAUUCUUGGAGUUACUAACACUGGCUUUAAUGCUGACGACCCCAGUAGGGUCCUCACCAUUGAGAACUCUGCACUCUCUGACAACAGGACCUUCUUUUAUGCUCAAUUUGGAGACUCUUCUUUAUUUAGUUCUAGAGAUGUCGACAUUUUGGGUCUAACGAGAUAUUCUGAUAUGACUGAUAUUAUUAAUGAGAUGAUUAAUAGCACUGCAUUAAUUAACAGCAGUAAUAUUAAUAAUUGUUGUAACUAUAAGUAUCAAUUACUGGACAAAUACUGUGCCUCAAGAACUAUGAGUCAAUUAAUGAGUGGUGGUUCUGUUUGUCCUUCUAACGAGGGUUUUGGUUACAGACCUUGUCCGGAGUGUCUCCAAUGUUGCAGAGCUAAAGAUUACAGUUACAGCAUAUCCACCUGCACUAAUCCUUAUGUUCAAGACACUGCCACUAGAUCUGAUACUUCAGCUAAUGCCAUUGCUACUGACUUCUGUCCCAGACCCCCUGCUGUCUCAAUUGAUGAAAUGUUAAAUCCUGUCCCUCCCACUGGCCCCCUUGAUGAUGUCAAUGUGUUUGUGGCUGAGAGACUUUUGGAUCUAAGCACUGAGAUUGAUGUGUAUGACUUCAGUUUGAGAUAUCAAGGAGGAUUUGUACUACAUUCCACUGGUCCUACUUAUGCUACCUGUGGUUGUCAGAAUGACACUGAUGAAACUUGUUCAUUUCUUUCUUAUUCUCUUUCAACUAAUUCAAGUUUCAAUUCCUCCUCAAGGAUCAACUCUUUGUCAGAAUUGUGUUCAGCACUAGAGGCUGACCAGCCCUCCUGUGCUAAUGCUGACUGGAAUUACAAUUACAAUUAUUUAUCUGAUGUCUGCAGUGCCAAUGCUUCCUGUAGGGGUGUGUCUUUUGAUUUCACUCAGUCUCCUGCUCAGUGUUCAUGUACUGAUCCUAAUCAGUGCCAAAUUGGACAAACUUCUCAAGCUCCACCUCCUUCAGACUCACCCCCUACUGUCACUGUCUGGUACAAUAAUCAACCCUACCACAUGGUGGCUGCAGCUCUUAAUGGCUUUUAUAACAUUUACUUGAGAAGUCGUAAUACAAACUUAACUGUCACUGUUCACAACAACCCACUGCCAAGAAAUAUUGACUCACAAAUCACUGAUGCUCAGCAAGAGUUUCUUGGAUUCACAAUCAGUUCAACUGCUGUCUUUGGACUCAGCUUUCUCUUUGCAAGUUUUGUGAUAUUUUUAGUUCAAGAAAGAGACACAAAAGCCAAGCACCUUCAGUUUGUAAGUGGAGUGUACCCGUCCUCCUAUUGGCUGGCCACUUUCUGUUGGGAUCUUUUGAAUUCAUUAAUACCAGCUGUACUUACUGUCAUACUCUUUGCUGCUUUUCAAAUUGACGGAUAUAAAGGAGAAAAUAUAGGAGCCAUUUUCCUACUAGUGUUGCUAGGCUGCUGGGCGGCCAUUCCUGUCAACUAUGUAACUUCUUUUAUAUUCUCAAAUGCUUUGGUCGGUUUCUGUUUGAUGCUCGUAUUCUUCUACUUUGGAUCUCUCAUAUUUCAAGUUGUAGUCUUCCUGUUGGUUGCAGACUAUCCCGACACUUCAGAGAAUUUGAGUUACAUAUUCCUACUCCAUCCAGCAUAUGCGCUGGCCAUUGGAUUAGCUAACAUGUAUACAAAUCAAGGAAUCAAGAACACGUGUGAACAAACACCACAAUCAAGAGCUAUUUGUGAAGCAAGAGGUAUAGAAUAUGCUGAUUCAGUAUUCCAGUUCUUGUCUCCUGGUAUUGGACACAUUUAUUUAUACAUGGCACUGGAAGGAGUGUUCUUCUUACUGCUCGCUAUCAUCAUUGAGCGUAACUUUUUCAUUCCUGAGCUUAAGAGAUUUUUAUUCUCAAGAAAUAAAGUUGAUUCUAUUAAUGAUAAUUAUAAUAAUGAUAUGGAGAUACAGGAGGACAGUGAUGUAGUUGAAGAGAGAAAUAAAGUUAAUUCUCUCAAGAAUUACUCGGAAUCUGAUGCUGUUGUCAUAAAGAAUCUUGUCAAAGAAUACAAAGAUGUAUCAGCCACAGUCUGUUCAUGUAUUCCAAGGUGUCGGGAAGGUUGUAAAUUAGCUGUAAGAUCUAUCAAUGUCAUUAUACCUAACGGAGAAUGUUUCGGACUCCUGGGGGUCAAUGGGGCCGGUAAAACCACAACUUUUAAAAUAUUAACUGGAGACAUAACGCCCUCUGGAGGCACUGCACUACUCAAUGGUUAUAAUAUAAGUACUCAGUUGAAUGAAGUGCAGCAAAGGAUCGGAUACUGUCCUCAGUUUGAUGCUCUCAUUGAGCGAAUGACUGGAAGAGAAUUAUUGACAAUGUUUGCCAGAUUAAGAGGAAUACCUGAGCCAGCCAUUAAAGGAUGCGUUCAAACUGAAAUUGAACGACUUGAUCUAAUUAAAUAUGCAAAUAAGAGAUGUGGGACUUACAGUGGCGGUAAUAAAAGGAAGCUGAGUACAGCUGUGUCUUUGGUUGGGAGUCCUCCAAUACUCCUCCUUGAUGAACCCACCACUGGAAUGGAUCCUGCCACUAGGAGGUUCCUUUGGGACGUACUGACUGGAAUUAUUAGAGAAGGAAGGAGUGUCAUCUUGACAUCUCACAGUAUGGAAGAGUGCGAAGCUUUGUGUACCAGACUUGCUAUAAUGGUCAAUGGUCAGUUUAAGUGUUUAGGGAGCAUUCAGCACUUGAAGAGCAAAUUUGGAUCUGGAUACACUUUACAAGUUAAGGUUCAGCCGUUAAGCUCAGAGUCUGAAGGUGUUAAAGGUUUCAAUAGUCGUGUCUCAUUCCGCCGGUCCCAGUCAAGGGAAGUUGCUUCACCUUCUCAUUCGUCUGUGAACGUUUCCUAUCGUGACACUCACACUGUGGAGCAAUUCAUUAAUAAAACUUUCCCUGGAUCUAUACUGUUGGAACAUCAUCAGAGUUCAGUGACUUAUCAGAUACCAGCUGAAGGAGUGAAUUGGUCGUCUUUGUUUAGAAAAGUUGAAGAGAAUAAAGAACAACUUGGAAUAAUAGACUACAGUGUCAGUCAAACCACACUUGAUCAAGUGUUUAUUAAUUUUGCUAAAGAGCAAGAGGAAGAGUCUUAACUGUUUUCCGUACUUCAGUAUAUUAUUAGUAUAUCAUUAGAAUAUUAGCUGCAUCUGUCUGUUUGUAUUAACUUCACUGGCUAUUUAUGAGUAACUAUUUAUUAUAGUUAAUUUUAGUUUAAUGAUAAUUAGCCUCCUUGUACUUUCUCGUUACUCUAA